AUGUCUUACGCCAUCGAACAACCGAUUCCUUCGCCGAUUGAAGCGCUUGGCUAUCGUUGGGUGAAGCAUUUAAGCGAAGGCUGCUUCUCGAAGGUACAUUUGGUGGAAUACCGCGAUGAAGAGCAAGCUCACCCCGUUCGGCUGGCCUGUAAGCUGAUCGACACGAAGAAAUGUAGCGACAAGUUCCGUAAACGGUUCCUUCCCCGCGAACUGACCGUGCUGUUGCAUGUGCGCCAUCCGUACAUCGUGCGCAUCCAUGCUAUCGUCAAGUGUCGCAGCAAGAUUUGCAUUUUCAUGCGCUACGCCGAAAUGGGUGAUCUGCUGACGUUUCUGAUCGAUCACGGACCCCUGGCAGAGCCCCGAACGCGGAUCUGGUGCCGCCAGCUGGCCCUCGCGCUCCAGUACCUCCACACGUCCGGCAUCGCGCACCGGGACGUGAAGUGUGAGAAUGUGCUGGUGUCCGCGAACUUCAACGUGAAGCUCACCGAUUUCGGGUUCGCGCGCUACGUCACCCAGAAGAAGGACGGCCAGCUGGAGCUCAGCGCAACGUUUUGUGGUUCGUUCGAUUACUCGGCACCGGAGCUGCUGAAAGGACAAAACCCGUACAAUCCGAAAGCUUCCGAUGCUUGGGCCUUCGGAGUGGUGAUUUACAUGUUGCUGAACAAAGCCGUUCCAUUCAAGGGCAAAACGCGAAAAGUGUACGAAGAGCAGAUGGCACGAGCGUGGAAAUUCCGAUCUCGCGUGAGAAACACACUGUCACCGGAGGUGAAGUCACUCGUCCGCAAUUUGCUCGAACCAAACGCACUGGUCCGGUGGACCAUCGACGAGGUGCUGGUGUGCGACUGGCUGGUACAGGAUCCUCGGUUGCGUUCGCUAAACGCAGCCGAAUUUGCUGCGCUUGCCGAGGCCAGAGUAUUUGCCCGUUCGUCCGCCGAUAUGGAGCGGGUGCGAUCGAAGCUUCAGCAACCGGAAGCCUCGGAACGCUCGGUAACGAUGAUCAAGAAUCAACGCUCCGACAAUUUGCGGAUCUGCGUUGAAUCUUUGACCUCUACGCGAGCGUCCGUUUCAUAA